AUGAGUUAUGGGCUACACUUCGAUGUGUUGAAACUCAAAAUUACAACUGAUAAAGCAGCAGCAAGUGUGGACCGGAGCAUUCUACGUACGUAUACUCCCAAGCAUACCUGCUUGGAAGUCCAAAAACCUGGAGCAGCUCGAGAUAGAUCUACUAGCAUCGAAGUGUAUUUGUCCUCUAUGAUUCGAGUAUGUUUUGGAGUUCCUGGGACGUCCAGAAGCGUAGCAGCUAUAGACAGGAUUGAGAUCUUUCCAAGACUUUUGGAGAAGAUGUCGCGCCAUAGCAAUCGUGAUAGGAGUAAGGAGAAAAAGUACAGGGGCGUGAGGUUGCGAAGCUUUGGCAAAUGGGUCGCAGAGUUCUGCAGGCCCGACGGGCAGAGGCUGUGGCUGGGAACUUUCCACAGCCCCGAGAGCGCGGCGAUGGCAUACGAUCAAGCGCUGGUCGAAUCGCACGGCCCUCUCCACAAGCUCAAUUUCCCACACCAAUUUCUUCUCAACGAUCAUUCCAAGGAGGAAGAAGAUCACCAAUCGCUACAGCCCAAUUCCAAUUCCAAUUCCAGCAUUGAUGUCAGCCCGGGCAGCGACAGGGACCGCGCAGAGGCGUCGCAAUUGGAGCCUGAAGUGAUGGUGAUAAGAAACGAUCACAUCGACCAUGAAGCGGAAGAAAUGUCGAUCACACAUCUAAUCGCCCAGGAUCGGGAAGCUGACGCUGCGCGAAAUGCAUUUGACGGUUGCGCUGUCGUGAUUGACGAUCGAUUGCUCCAGCAAGCGAUGGUGACACUGGGAGUAUACGAAGAGGAGUAUCUCAUGAACAAUGCGCGGCUUUUGUACGACAUGGCCCAGGCCAUGGCAGUGAGCCCCCCCUCAUGCCAAUCUUCUUGCUCUUAUUCCAUUCAAUGCAGUGGUGACGAUCGCCUUUGGUGGCAUUCGUCCUAG